AUGAGUUCGAGGAUGAAAGCACCAAUUGUUAAGGAUAAUCUCCUUAACGCGAUGCCGAAAGAUAGAUUAGAAGUCUCGGGAGACGCCUCCGUCCUCACCGUGGCCGAUGUAAAUGAGUCUGGCACCGACCUAGCCCCCGCUUUGUUCCCCCUCCCCGGGAUCCGCAACAAGGAUGGCGCGUCCCAGCCUCUGCUUGCCGUCCAGGUGAUGAAUCUCGGGGAUGGGUCAUUCGUCGGCUUCACCCUCAACCAUCUCCUCUGCGACGGCACCGCAUUCUGGUACUUCGUCAACUCCUGGGUCGAGAUCUCCCGCAGCAGCAGGGAGUCGAUCUCGACGCCCCCGAUCCUCAGCCGCGACCAGCUGUUGAUGCUGAUGUCGACGAAAAUAUUUCGUGUAUUUUCGUCGCUGCAAGCUGUUAUAACCCAUUUGUGGCGAUCCAUGAUACGAUGCCAUUCGGCGGGGCUCAGCGAGGAGACGACAUUCGAGUUUCCGAUGGGGACGAGGUGGAGGAUUAGCCCGCCCCUCCCCGACGAGUACUUCGGGAAUGCGAUUAUCCCAGGGUUUAUAAACAGAAUGGUGAAUUCGACGGGGCCGGAGAAGGUGAAGGAGUUCUUUAGCGGUUGGGCGAAGGAGCCUAAGUUUGUUCAGUUUGACACUAUCCCAACUAAUCGUUUCAUACUUAUAAACUCCCUGAGGUUCGAUGUGUAUGGGAACGACUUCAGGUGGGGUCCGCCUGUGGCGGCCAGGAGCGGAAGGGGGAGCAGUUUCGACGGGAGGGUAACGGUUUUCGCGGGGCCGGAUGGGAGCUUGGAGGUUGAAGACUGUUUGUUGAAGGAGACUUUGUGUGCCAUGGCAGAGGAUGUUGAGUUCAUGGAGUUUGUUACUACUGUGGAAAAUUGA